GGUCUUAGUGUGAAAAGGUAUUAGGAAACAGUGGGAAACCGAAAGCUAAGACCCAGACGUGGCAAAGGGGUUAAAUUAAUAUAAAGAUGCGUUGAACUCUUGCAGUGUGAGGGGGGUUGGGUACCCUUGAAAAGUGUUGAGAGGGGUGUUUGUCGGAUUAUGCAGUGUGAAAAGGGAGCUGGGUGGGAGGUUGCUUUGUUUGGUUUAUAAGUAUGGGUAACUAGGUGAAAGUGAAGGUCAGAUUUGGGUGUCCUGGGGUGUAAAGUGGGAAGAGAGAUGUAUUAUAUAGAGAGGUGGUAGUCUGAGAAUUCCUGGCAUGAGAAUGAGAUGGCCAAUGUCACAUGGAUAACUUGGGACUCUGGAUAUUCCCCAUAAUAGGCUGGGCGUUGAGGGCCGGCUGUGCGUCAUGGGAAGUGAGUGGAUUGGGUAGGUUAUGAAGGCCAUGGUGGGCGUACUUUGCUGCAAGAUGAGGAGUGAGACUUGGAGUCGAGUCCUGAGAAAGGCCCAGGGCCUGGCUGCUGCCAUGACGGAGGAGUCGGAGGAGACCGUCCUGUACAUUGAGCACCGCUAUGUCUGCUCCGAGUGCAACCAGCUCUACGGAUCCCUGGAGGAGGUGCUGGUGCACCAGAACUCACACAUGCCCCAGCAGCACUUCGAACUGGUGGGUGUGGCCGACCCUGGGGUCACAGUGGCCACCGAGGCAGCUUCAGGCGCAGGCCUCUAUCAGACCCUAGUUCAGGAGAGCCAGUACCAGUGUCUCGAGUGUGGGCAACUGCUGAUGUCACCCAGCCAGCUCUUGGAGCACCAGGAGCUGCACCUGAAGAUGAUGGCGCCCCAGGAGGCCGUGCCCGCCGCACCAGCAUCCAAGGUUGCGCCCCUGAGCUCCAGCGCCAUCCACUUCGAGUGUGUGGAGUGCAAGGCUCUCUUUGCCAGCCAGGAGCUGUGGCUGAGCCACAGGCAGACGCACCUCCGGGCCACGCCCACCAAGGCUCCUGCCCCAGUUGUCUUGGGGUCCCCAGUUGUCCUCGGCCCCCCUGUGAGCCAGGCCCGUGUAGCUGUGGAGCAUUCAUACCGAAAGGCAGAAGAGGGUGGGGAAGGGGCAGCUGUCCCCUCCGCAGCCGCCGCCGCCACCACUGAGGUGGUGACGGAGGUGGAGCUGCUCCUGUACAAGUGCUCCGAGUGCUCGCAGCUCUUCCAGCUGCCCGCCGACUUCUUGGAGCACCAGGCGACCCACUUCCCCGCCCCCGCCCCGGAGUCCGAGGAGCCUGGCUUACAGCCCGAGACCCUGGUCCCGUCGCCUGCCGAGGUACCGGUGCCUCAGCCCGAGCCCCUGCCGUCCUCGGACCACAGUUACGAGCUGCGUAACGGGGAAGCCCUUGGACGCGAUCGCCGGGGGCGCCGGCCCCGGAGGAGCAACAGCGAGGAGCCGGGCGCUGCGGCCACCCAGGAACUCUUUUGCUCGGCCUGUGACCAGCUCUUCCUCUCGCCCCACCAGCUGCAGCAGCACCUGCGGAGUCACCGCGAGGGCGUCUUUAAGUGCCCCCUGUGCAGCCGGGUCUUCCCCAGCCCCUCCAGUCUGGACCAGCACCUGGGUGACCACAGCAGCGAGUCCCACUUCCUGUGUGUGGACUGUGGCCUGGCCUUCGGCACGGAAGCGCUCCUCCUGGCCCACCGGCGAGCCCACACCCCAAAUCCUCUGCAUUCGUGCCCCUGCGGCAAGACUUUUGUCAACCUUACCAAGUUCCUUUAUCACCGGCGGACCCAUGGGGCAGGGGGCGUGCCUCUGCCUACAACCCCGGUCCCACCAGAGGAGCCUGUCAUUGGUUUACCUGAGCCCACCCCAGCUGAGAGCGGUGAGCCAGAGGCUCCGGAGCCCCCGGCGUCUGAAGAGAGCUCCGUGGAACCCACGGCCCCGGGCACCUACCGCUGCCUCCUGUGCAGCCGGGAGUUUGCCAAGGCGCUGCAGCUGACCCGGCACCAGCGGUUCGUGCACCGGCUCGAGCGGCGCCACAAGUGCAGCAUUUGUGGCAAGAUGUUCAAGAAGAAGUCGCACGUGCGCAACCAUCUGCGCACACACACAGGAGAGCGGCCCUUCCCGUGCCCUGACUGCUCCAAGCCCUUCAACUCACCUGCCAACCUGGCCCGCCACCGGCUCACGCAUACCGGGGAGCGGCCCUACCGCUGCGGGGACUGCGGCAAGGCGUUCACGCAGAGCUCCACCCUGCGACAGCACCGCCUGGUGCACGCGCAGCACUUCCCGUACCGCUGCCAGGAGUGCGGGGUGCGCUUCCACCGCCCUUACCGCCUGCUCAUGCACCGCUACCACCACACCGGCGAGUACCCCUACAAGUGCCGGGAGUGCCCCCGCUCCUUCUUGCUGCGCCGCCUGCUGGAGGUGCACCAGCUCGUGGUCCACGCCGGGCGCCAGCCGCACCGCUGCCCGUCCUGCGGGGCUGCUUUCCCGUCCUCUCUGCGGCUCCGGGAGCACCGCUGUGCCGCCGCCGCCGCCCAGGCCCCUCGGCGCUUCGAGUGCGGGACCUGUGGCAAGAAGGUGGGCUCUGCUGCGCGCCUGCAGGCGCACGAGGCAGCCCAUGCAGCUGCUGGGCCCGGAGAGGUUCUGGCCAAGGAGCCCCCAGCACCCCGGGCCCCGAGGGCCACUCGCACACCAGUCACCGCCUCCCCGACAGCCCUCGGGGGCAAUGUGCCUGCGGCUCCCGCGGCCCCUGCCCGCCGCCGAGGCCUGGAGUGCGGCGAGUGCAAGAAGCUGUUCAGCACCGAGACCUCGCUGCAGGUGCACCGGCGGAUCCACACGGGCGAACGGCCGUACCCGUGCCCGGACUGCGGCAAGGCCUUCCGUCAGAGCACCCACCUGAAAGACCACCGGCGCCUGCACACGGGCGAGCGACCUUUUGCCUGUGAAGUGUGCGGCAAGGCCUUUGCCAUCUCCAUGCGCCUGGCGGAACACCGGCGCAUCCACACGGGGGAGCGGCCCUACUCCUGCCCCGACUGCGGCAAGAGCUACCGCUCCUUCUCCAACCUCUGGAAGCACCGCAAGACCCACCAGCAGCAGCAACAGGCGGCUGUGCGGCAGCAGCUGGCCGAGGCCGAGGCUGCCGUGGGCCUGGCUGUGAUGGAGACGGCGGUGGAGGCCCUGCCCCUGGUGGAGGCCAUUGAGAUCUACCCUCUGGCGGAAGCCGAAGGGGUCCAGAUCAGUGGGUGACCGCCCCUUCCCUCCUCAGCACCACCAUGUGCUGGUGCCAAGGCCUCGAGCCUCCCUCUAGACCUCUGUACAUACCAUAGUUUUCGUUUUCCUCCCACCGCCAUAGAAGUCCUGUGACUGGAUUUAUUAUUUUCUUUUGUGGGGUGCUUUGGGGCCCUUGAUGCAUUAAGGCCCCAUCCUCCACCGCCCACCUACAGGGUGGUCCCGCAGUGAAACAAUAAAGACUGAGUUGGACGCUG